AACCGGAAGUGGCGGACUCAUCGUUCGCUCAUCAUAACAAAAACAUCUGUGUCAGCUUGUUGUUGCGUCUCCUGAACGUUUAACAAAUAUGACAGCGACAUCACGGACAAUAUAACAAGCAGACGACCAACAUGGAGACGUAGAGCGCGCGGAGUCCAGCAGCUAGCUUGUUCUAGUUUUAUAGGUUAGCGUUAGCUUAGCUGGUUAGCUUAGUUAGCUCCUAGCUCUGUCUCCAUGGCGUCCUCAGCGGGGCUCCCACCGCUCGGCCCGGACCGUGCUGCCUCAUCCUCCGGCCCUCACUCCGGUGGGAGGCCGCCUCACCGCCCCCAUCACCCCCAUCCGGCUCACUCCACCCCGGGCUGUGUGAUGGUGGAGUCGGUGGACGACGCGGAGGGUCUGUACGUAGCGGUGGAGCGGUGCCCCCUGUGCAGCACCUCCCGCCGCAGGCUGACCUGUGCCCGGUGCGUCCAGGCCGGGGACUUCGUGUACUUCGACGGGAGGAACACUGAGAGAUACAUUGAAAAGUUGGAGCGGCUGAAGAAGCUGAAGGAGGAAAAGGAGCAGCUGCAACAGAAAGUCAUCCAGGACAUGAGCAGGAAGCUGCAGGCUGAUGAGAUGAAAUGGAAGAUCAUGUCGUGUAAGAUGAAGAUCGAGCAGCUGAAGGAGGCGGUCGCCGGGGGCAACGAAGAGGUGAAGAGCGAUAAAGAUCUCCUCCUGCGCUCUCAGGAGGAGAGCCAGCGGCUGCAGCGUCGGGCCGGCCGUCACCAGGAGAAACGGGAUAAGAUCGAGCGUCACAACCGUCGUCUGGGAGAUCUGCUGGAGAGACGCAGCCGGGAGCUGCAGAGCCGACUGAGCCAGCUGGCGGCUCUGAGACGAGAGCACAUCCUGGAGCUCACCACGCACAUCUUUCCCACACAGGAGGAGAAGCAGGGCAGCAGAGACCCCGCAGAUGUGGUGGCAGAGUGUGACCCCGCGCUGACCUCCAGUACGGUGAGUGAGCUGGCUGAAGCCCGGAGGACCACCUAUCUGUCGGGGCGCUGGAUCUGGGACGACCAGAAUGGAGAGACCAGCAUCAGCAUCACGGGGCCUCCUGUCACCCUGCCCAGCAAUGGGGACUGCUCUGCCUACUACAGCUGGGUGGAGGAGAAGAGCACCAAUCAGGGCCCAGAGUUGGACCACAUCAACCCGGCCCACACCAUCAGCGCUGCUCUCUGCUACGCCACACAGCUCGUCACCAUCCUGUCUCACAUCCUGGACGUCAACCUGCCCAAGAAGCUCUGCAACAGUGAGUUCUGUGGAGAGAAUCUGAGCAGAUAUCGCUUCACCAGAGCUCUGAGCAAACUCAACACCAACAUCCUCCACCUCUGCUUCUCUCAGCAUGUAGACAGUGAGAAGCUCCACCCUCAUCACACUCUGAGGAACAUCAUGUUUCUGGUUUCCCCCGACAACGACAACCUGGGCAGAACGGGUCCAUUUGAGGUGAGUGCUGACCUGGAGGAGUCGAUGGAGUUUGUGGAGCCAGAGGCAGCUGGGCCGGCGGAGGAGAGCGGAGACGAGGCGGUGACCGACGAAGAGACGGACCUGGGGACGGACUGGGAGACGGUGCCCAGUCCACGAUUCUGUGACAUCCCAUCACAGUCCAUGGAUCUUUCCCAGAGUGCAUUGCAGGUCUCUCAGCCCUCUGCUAACACAGGAGGGAUGAUCUCGUCUGCUGCUGCCUCCGUCACCUCCUGGUUCAGAGCGUACACUGGCCAGCGCUGAUCAGACCCGACAGAACCAGUCUGGACUUGGCUGGUCAGAUGUGGACUCCUGGAGGUCUUAGACUUUGGACUGGACUGGGGUCAGAGGUCAGAGGUCAGGCUGGCAGGUCUCCUUUAAACUAAACUGCUGCUCUGAAUCUUUAAAUAAAUCUUUAUGUAGCGAUCAAACAGAGAAGUCAAAUGUUUUCUUUGUAUUUCUGCACACCAGCAUCCAUCUGAUCAUCAGGAGUCUGAAACUGUCCACUGACACUGAACAAAUAAAGAGAAAUGAUUCAAAACAUCUGUU